CGCCCGCUGCUGGCGCGCGCUUAGCCGUUCGGUCCCCAGCCGCGUCCUCCGUCGCUUCCCUCUUCUCACCCCAGCUCCUGCGUCGCCGCACCGACAGCCUCUGGGGCCAAAGCGCGGUCGGAGCCGGAGCUGCAGCCGCUGACCUACGGAACCAUGGAGGCCUAAGCCAGCGUGCAUACCCGGGCCCCUGUGCGCCCGCACUCCCGCUCCCUUGCUGCCUGCCCGCCGCGGCUGGAAGCGGAGUCCGCGCCGCUGACACAGGUUUGAGCCAUCACAUCUGACCUGGAGUGCUGUUGCUCUGUGUGCAUCCUGGAGCUCGGUGCUGUGGUUGUCUUGUGGAAAUGCCCGUGUGAGGAGGAGCUGCCUAUUGCAUAGAAGAUGGGAUCGAACAGCAGCAAGAUCAGUGAUCUCCCUAAAAACGAGUACUUAAAAAAGCUAUCCGGCCCGGAGUCUAUCUCCGAAAACGACCCCUUCUGGAACCAGCUCUUUUCAUUCUCCUUCCCUGCACCAACCAGCAGGUUGACCUUGAACUCAUGGCAGUCCUCCAGCCUGGAUGCUGCUAAUAACAGUACUGAGUUGAAGCUGUUAGAAGAGGCAACUGUUUCAGUUUGCAAGUCUUUGGUUGAAAACAACCCUCGAACAGGAAAUCUUGCCGCGUUAACUAAGGUCUUCCUUUCCAGAACCCGGGAGCUCAGGCUUUCAGCCGAGUGUCAGAACCACAUCUUCAUUUGGCAGACUCACAAUGCUUUGUUUAUUAUUUGCUGCUUGCUGAAAGUGUUCAUCUGUGAGAUGUCUGAGGAGGAGCUGCAGCUUCAUUUUACAUAUGAAGAAAAGUCCCCCGGCAGUUACAGUUCCGACUCUGAAGAUCUUUUGGAAGAACUGCUCUGCAGCCUGAUCCAGUUAAUCACGGAUACACCACUCCUGGAUAUUACAUAUGAGAUAUCAGUGGAGGCCAUCUCAGCAAUGGUUGUCUUCCUUUCCUGCCAGCUCUUCCACAAGGAGGUUCUGCGACAGAGCAUCAGUCACAAGUACCUGAUGCAAGGCCCAUGUCUUCCCUACACCAGCAAACUUGUGAAAACCUUAUUGUAUAACUUUAUCAGACAAGAAAAGCCACCUCCGCCCGGAACCCAUGUCUUCCCUCAGCAGUCGGAUGGGGGAGGCCUGCUGUAUGGACUGGCGUCAGGAGUAGCAACUGGUCUCUGGACUGUCUUCACGCUAGGCGGGGCCGGAAGCAAAGCGACUGCCUCUCCAGAGCUUACCUCCCCACUGGCCAACCAGAGUCUCCUGCUGCUGCUGGUGCUGGUGAACCUGACGGAUGCCCCAGACAUACCAAACCCCUACAGACAAGCCGUCACGUCAUUUAAGAACACGCAAGACAGCAGUCCGUUCCCAUCAUCAAUUCCGCAUACCUUCCAGAUUAACUUUAACAGUUUGUACACAGCCCUGUGUGAACAGCAGACGUCUGACCAGGCCACGCUGCUCCUGUACACUCUGCUCCAUCAGAACAGCAAUGUCAGGACGUACAUGCUGGCGCGGACAGACAUGGAGAAUCUCGUUCUGCCGAUUCUCGAGAUUCUGUAUCAUGUUGAGGAAAGAAGCUCACACCAUGUCUACAUGGCUCUGAUAAUCCUGUUGAUCCUCACAGAAGAUGAUGGCUUCAAUCGGUCCAUUCAUGAAGUGAUAUUAAAAAACAUUACUUGGUAUUCAGAAAGAGUCUUAACUGAAAUUUCCCUGGGGAGCCUCCUGAUUCUGGUUGUAAUCAGAACCGUCCAGUACAAUAUGACCAGGACUAGAGACAAGUACCUGCACACAAAUUGCCUGGCAGCUUUGGCAAACAUGUCAGCACAGUUUCGUUCCCUCCACCAGUAUGCUGCCCAGAGGAUCAUCAGUUUGUUUUCUUUGCUGUCUAAAAAACACAACAAGGUUCUGGAGCAAGCCACGCAGUCCCUGAGAGGCCCCCUGAGCUGCAGCGAUGCCCCUCUCCCAGACUAUGCCCAGGACCUGAGUGUCAUUGAAGAAGUGAUUCGGAUGAUGCUAGAGAUCAUCAACUCCUGCCUGACCAAUUCGCUUCACCACAACCCAAACCUGGUGUACGCCCUGCUCUACAAACGAGACCUCUUUGAGCAAUUCCGAACGCAUCCCUCAUUCCAAGACAUAAUGCAAAACAUUGACCUGGUGAUCUCCUUCUUUAGCUCAAGACUGCUACAAGCUGGAGCUGAGCUGUCAGUGGAACGGGUCUUGGAAAUCAUUAAACAAGGGGUUGUGGCGCUGCCCAAAGACAGACUAAAGAAGUUUCCAGAACUGAAAUUCAAAUAUGUGGAGGAAGAGCAGCCUGAGGAGUUCUUCAUCCCUUACGUCUGGUCUCUGGUCUACAACUCAGCAGUGGGCCUGUACUGGAACCCGCAGGACAUCCAGCUGUUUGCCAUGGACUCGGACUGAAGCCGCACACAGCCAUGCCUACACACACACACACACACACACACACACACACACACACACACACGCACACACCCCGCCACCCCGCCCCGCCCAGCAGAAGCAGACUGCACGCCCAGUGUGUCUUCUGCCACAGAGGGUCACACAACGUGCUCCCCUCACACACUGUGACUGUUGGGGGACUCCCAGUUAGCAGUAGUUCGCUACGCUUUGAUUGUACUGCAAGGGUGAGACAAAAAUAAACGGGAAACAUGCUGUUCAA